UGCUUCAGCCAGCCCACCUCCACUGACCCUAUAUAAUGCCAGCGUCUUUACCAGUUUUCCUCCUAUGGGGAGGGGCUGCCAGAGCUCUGCUUCUGUUUUGCUUUGGCUGCUGCAGCCAUGGACUGGGGCUACAGAGAUUUGGGGGGGUUAGCAAUCUUGGUGAUUCUGGGGCUGUGCCAAGGGCAAGGUGACGUUUGGAGGGUGGGCUCCUUACCCUCCCCAUAUCAUUACAACUGUGGGGAGUACAGCAUGCAGCUGCUUGUGUUUCCUAGCCCAGGCCGAGAUGUCCGCUUUAAAGUUGUGGAUGAGUUUGGGAUAGCCUUUGAAGUUUCGAAUUGCUCAAUCUGCCGCCACUGGAUCACAUCUAAUGGGGCUAUUGCUUUUUCUGCUGGCUAUGGUGGCUGUCACGUAUUAAAUAAGGAUAACAGCAAUAACUUGAAAGUCCGGAUAGAGGAACUAACAAGCAACAGAAGAGUUGUUGUCUCCCAUGAUGUCAACAUAAUAUGCCCCAAGCCACAGGAAUAUGUCCCAGCACCAGAGGACAACAUGCGUCAUGUGCCUCAGCCCCAGCCUGGUGUGGUGCACCCUCUGCCUCAUUCCCAGCCUGGCCUAGAGUUCCCGCUGCCUCAGCCUUGGCCCAGCCAGGUGCGCCCACAACCUCAGCCCCAGCCUGACGGAGAGCGUCCAGUGCCUGGCCUAAUACACCCAGAAACCCAACCUGGCAUAGUGCGCCCGCAGCCUGGCCUAGAGCGUCCAGUGCCUGGCCUAAUACGCCCAGAAACCCAACCUGGCAUAGUGCGCCCGCAGCCUGGCCUAGAGCGUCCAGUGCCUGGCCUAAUACGCCCAGAAACCCAACCUGGCAUAGUGCGCCCGCAGCCUGGCCUAGAGCGUCCAGUGCCUGGCCUAAUACACCCAGAGCCCCAGCCUGGCAUAGUACGCCCACUGCCUCAACCUCAGCCUGGCCACUUGCGCCCGCGGCCCCAGCCUAAGCCCCAGCCUGGUUUAGAGCAUUCAGUGCCUAGCCUGAUACGCCCAGAGCCCCAGCCUGGCAUAGUGCACCCGUGGCCUCAGCCCCAGCCUCAGCCUGGCCAAGAGCGUCCAGUGCCUGGCCUAAUACGCCCAGAGCCCCAGCCUGGCAUAGUGCGCCCACAGCCUCAGCCCCAGCCUCAGCCUGGCCAAGAGCAUCCAGUGCCUGGCAUAAUACGCCCAGAGCCCCAGCCUGGCAUAGUACGCCCACAGCCCCAGCCUGGCAUAGUGCACCCGUGGCCUCAGCCCGGCCAAGUGCGCCCACUGCCUCAGCCUCAGCCCAGCAAAGUACAGCCGCAGCCCGGCCUAGUGCGCCCGCUGCCUCAGCCUCAGCCCGGCCUAGUGCGCCCGCUGCCUCAGCCUGGCCUAGUGCGCCCACUGCCUCAGCCUGGCCAAGUGUACCCACUGCCUCAGCCUCAGCCCGGCCAAGUGCACCCACUGCCUCAGCCCGGCCAACUGCGCCCACUGCCUCAGCCCGGUCAAGUGCACCCCCUGCCUCAACCUCAGCCUCAGCCCGGCCUAGUGCGCCCACUGCCUCAGCCUCAGCCUCAGCCCGGCCAAGUGCACCCACUGCCUCAGCCUCAGCCCGGUCAAGUGCGCCCACUGCCUCAACCUCAGCCCGGUCAAGUGCGCCCCCUGCCUCAACCUCAGCCUCAGCCUGGCCAAGUGCGCCCGCUGCCUCAGCCUCAGCCCGGCCAAGUGCGCCCGCUGCCUCAGCCUCAGCCUGGCCUAGUGCACCCGCUGCCUCAGCCGCAGCCCAGCCAAGUGCGCCCGCUGCCUCAGCCUCAGCCCGGCCAAGUGCACCCGCUGCCUCAGCCUCAGCCCGGCCAAGUGCACCCGCUGCCUCAGCCUCAGCCCGGCCGAGUGCACCCGCUGCCUCAGCCUCAGCCCGGCCAAGUGCACCCCCUGCCUCAGCCUCAGCCCGGCCAAGUGCACCCGCUGCCUCAGCCUCAGCCCGGCCAAGUGCACCCACUGCCUCAGCCUCAGCCUGGCCAAGUGCGCCCGCUGCCUCAGCCUGGCCAAGUGCACCCGCUGCUUCAGCCUCAGCCCGGCCAAGUGCACCCGCUGCCUCAGCCUCAGCCUGGCCAAGUGCACCCGCUGCCUCAGCCUCAGCCCGGUCAAGUGCGCCCCCUGCCUCAACCUCAGCCUCAGCCCGGCCUAGUGCGCCCCCUGCCUCAACCUCAGCCUCAGCCCGGCCUAGUGCGCCCACUGCCUCAGCCUCAGCCCGGCCUAGUGCGCCCACUGCCUCAGCCUCAGCCUCAGCCCGGCCUAGUGCGCCCCCUGCCUCAACCUCAGCCUCAGCCCGGCCUAGUGCGCCCACUGCCUCAGCCUCAGCCCGGCCAAGUUCACCCGCUGCCUCAGCAUCAGCCUGGCCAAGUGCGCCCACUGCCUCAGCCUCAGCCUGGCCAAGUGCACCCACUACCUCAGCCUCAGCCUGGCCAAGUGCACCCACUACCUCAGCCUCAGCCCGGCCAAGUGCGCCCGCUGCCUCAGCCUCAGCCUGGCCAAGUGCACCCACUACCUCAGCCUCAGCCUGGCCAAGUGCACCCACUACCUCAGCCUCAGCCCGGCCUAGUGCGCCCACUGCCUCAGCCUCAGCCUGGCCAAGUGCACCCACUACCUCAGCCUCAGCCUGGCCAAGUGCACCCACUACCUCAGCCUCAGCCCGGCCAAGUGCGCCCGCUGCCUCAGCCUCAGCCCGGCCAAGUGCACCCGCUGCCUCAGCCGCAGCCUGGUCAAGUGCGCCCAUGGCCUCAGCCUCAGCCUGGUCAAGUGCGCCCACUGCCUCAGCCCAGCCAAGUGCACCCGCUGCCUCAGCCGCAGCCUGGCCAAGUGCACCCAUGGCCUCAGCCUCAACCCGGCGAAGUACAUCCGCAGCCUGGUCAAGUGCGCCCACUGCCUCAGCCCGGCCAAGUGCACCCACAGCCUCAGCCUCAGCCUGGCCAAGUGCGCCCACAGCCUCAGCCCGGCCAAGUGCGCCCACUGCCUCAACCUCAGCCUCAGCCUGGCCUAGUGCGCCCACUGCCUCAGCCUCAGCCCGGCCAAGUUCACCCGCUGCCUCAGCCCGGCCAUGUGCGUCCAUUGCCACAGCCUCAGCCCGGUCAAGUGCAGCCGCUGCCUCAGCCUCAGCCUGGCCAAGUGCACCCACAGCCUCAGCCCGGCCAAGUGCGCCCGCUGCCUCAACCUCAGCCUCAGCCUGGCCUAGUGCGCCCACUGCCUCAGCCUCAGCCUCAGCCUGGCCUAGUGCGCCCGCUGCCUCAGCCUCAGCCCAGCCUAGUGCGCCCACUGCCUCAGCCUCAGCCUCAGCCCGGCCAAGUGCACCCGCUGCCUCAGCCUCAGCCCGGCCAUGUGCAACCAGUGCCUCCUCUCUAUCCUGGCCUAAUGCACCCUUCUGGCCUCUACAGUAUAGGUUCUCCUCUAACCCAGGAGCAGUGCCAGGUUUCAUCUGGAAAGAUUCCCUGUGCAGGUUCACUAGGACAAGCUGAAUGUUACCAAACUGGAUGCUGUUAUGAUGAGAGGGACCAAACUACUCCAUGUUACUAUGGCAACACAGUCACUGUCCAAUGCCUUCGAGAUGGCCACUUCCUUCUGGUUGUCUCCAGGGAUAUGUUGGACUACCCCAUCGUCCUUGACAGUGUCAAACUGUCCUAUGCCCAAGGAGGAUGUGACCCUGUCAGGAAAACGGAGUCUUUCUUGGUCUUCCACUUCCCUCUCACACACUGUGGUACGACGAUUCAGAUGACUGGUGGCAGACUGAUAUAUGAAAACCAGUUGGUUUCGGGCGUUGAAAUCUUAAGGGGGCCAGAUGGUUUUAUUACCCGGGACAGCACCUUCAUCCUCAAUACUCGCUGCAUCUACAAUGCCACUGACUUCUUGCCAGUUCAGGUUGAGGUCUUCUUUCCUCCCACACCUGCUCCGGUUAUCCAGACGGGGCCUCUCCGGUUUGAACUGCGUAUUGCUACAGACUACAGUUACAGCUCCUACUACGCAGAUGCAGACUAUCCUGUGGUGAAGAUACUGAGAGACCCUGUGUAUGUGGAGGUUCGCGUCCUGCAGAGAAUGGACCCGUCCUUGGUUCUGGUUCUGCAUGAAUGCUGGGCUACUCCGACCCCUAACCCCCUUGAGAAGUUGCAGUGGCCAAUUCUGAUAGAUGGAUGCCCAUUUGAAGGCGAUAACUACAGAACCCAGAUGGUUCCUAUGGGACCUGCCACAUCUCAGCUGCAGUUUCCAGACCAUUACCAGCGUUUCACCAUUGCUACAUUUACAUUUGUGGAUUCUGCCAAUUAUAUGGUGCUGGAUGGAUUGGUGUACCUCUUCUGCAGUCUGUCUGUUUGCCACCCCUCUCACCUGCAGCCCUGCAGGAACACGUGUCAAAUGCCAGUGGCUGCAAGAAGUCGUCGGUUUUUGAAGACAGGCAAUGGGACAGAAUCCUUGGACCUAGUAAGCACUUAUGGAGGUGUGAUCUUUCAAGAAAGCAGCCAGACUCUUGAUAAACAAGUCAAAUGGAAGAAAGACAUGAGCUCCAGUGGAGAUCUGGCCCUGAUAUGCUUGGUGGCACUGCCGUUAGUGGGUGUAAUCUUGUUUGUUGUUGUUAUCGUACUCUGGAAAAAGAGAAGCAGAGUGACAAAACUCUAGUACUGAUGGGGAAAUGCAUAGAAUUAAAGAGUUGUAAACUUUCA